GGAUUAUUUCUAGUCCAAUAGCGGACUAACAGCAUAAAGGCGCCAUACGCCAAACGUCGACGUCGGGAGAGAGAGAGAGAGAGGGAGAGGAAGCUGUGAGACUGAGAAAGCGAGAAGAAAGCCAUUUCUCAGUUCUCACCACCUCGCCGGAGAAAGAAAACGGUGGAUAAUUAGUGGAAAUAAAGUAAUUCGGAGACAGUGUAUUGAUGCGCACAGUGACUAGCUGACUGAAUCUGCAAGUUUAGAUUUGAGGAUUACUGCCUUGAAAUGAGUUGGAAUCCACAUAUGGAAGCUCAUUACAUGAACACUAGCUACCCUUAUAAUUCUGCCGGAAGCUUUAUGGAAUAUUUUGAAGGCCUUACAUAUGAACAUGUGAAUUUCAUUUUUGAUGGGGCUUCCCAAAUUCAGGAAAGUGUGUACCCAUCCAUGAAUGCAAAUCUCUACAAGUUCAGCUUGUCCCAAUCUGGGAGUAGUUUAUAUUAUGACCAUAGUCAUGCUUAUGAGAUCCAUGCUCACGGGCCACAAAUUGAUGAUUAUAGAAGGCCUCUGGAGAAUUCUUCAACUAUGACUAAUGUGCCAACUGCUGCUGUAAGUGCAGAACGGGAAGGAAAUGAAAACAUGGGUGCUCAAAAUGAUCCUGAGGAAUGUCUGCGGAGACAUCAGAGUGCUCAAGAUCUUCAGGUCAUUUGGCAGGACAACGUUGAUCCUGACAAUAUGAGUUAUGAGGAAUUACUGGAGUUAGGUGAUGUAGUUGGAACUCAAAGUCGUGGUCUUUCCCAAGAAAGUAUUGCUUUGCUUCCUGUCUCAAAAUACAAGUGCAGCUUCUUCCUAAGAAGGAAAUCAAGGAGUGAGAGGUGUGUGAUUUGCCAAAUGGAAUAUAAGCGCGGCGACAGGCGGAUCAUGCUGCCAUGCAAACAUGCCUAUCACGUUGGUUGUGGGACUAGAUGGCUUAGCAUCAAUAAGGCUUGCCCUAUUUGUUACGUGGAUGUGUUUGGCGAUUCAUCAAAACAUUAGGAAAUACUUACCUGUGGACAUAACAAUUUUCUUCUGUUUUUUGGAGAUUGGGUUUUUCCACUGCACGCAUACAGAGUUGUUUGUUUCGGUUAUCAUUUAGUUUGUAAUAAAUGAAAUUAGAAACUUUACACUAGAUUGAUGCGUCUAAGUGUAGGGAUGGAUUGUAUUGAUUUCUUUAUGAUUCUUCCAUGUUCCACUCCUCUA